AUGUCUGCAGCCGCUCCUCCACCGCCACCACCACCGCCUCCCCCACCGGGACCAGGUCCCCCUGGAAAUCCCUUUGACGACCUUCCUGCCGAGCUGCUCCUGAUCAUCUCUGAAUACGUAGGCACUAACAAUCUCAUGAACCUUGCUCUGGCCAUGUAUCCCACGUUCCAGCGCCACAAUCUCUCUCCCAAGCUCUCUCCAACCACACUCGCCCACAUGCUGCGCCUAUCCAGAACAAGAUCCAUGGCCUCAUCACGCUAUCCCGACGCGGUAAUCCGAAUCCCCACUGAGCUGUGGCUAAACAUUGUGCGCUAUCUCGAGCCAGCCGACAUUCUCUCCUUGAUGUUCACGCUAGGAACAGUCUUUGGUCGCCCUCUGGCGGGUCAGACGAUGCAGAGAUUGCGAGUGUGGAGCCGGAGGUCGCGCGAAAAAGGAUGA